AAAUUAAAAAUUGAUUGACGUAGAUUGGUGUAGAUCAUCAAUUGGAACACUUGAAUCAUUCGCACAAGUUAAAACAGAGAAAUACAUAUCUUAUAUAUACACCACAGUAUAAUAUUAUACAACAAAACGUUUCCAUACAAAUACUCAUAUUAUUAUUAUUCAUUCAGUCAUAUUAACAUCAAUUAAUAUCAAUUAUCUUAUUAUCUAAUAAUAACAAUAGUAACUAUAUUAUAUACACUUGGCGGUGAAUUAGUUAAAUCACCUGAAAUGGUGAAAGAUCAUCAUUUCUAUGUUGCUGCAGGAAGUGAAACAUAUUUAUCACGUGAUUAUGGACAACCAUUACCUCGAUUAAUCACAGCAAGUAGAAAACCAACUCAUUUUCUUUUUAUAGAAUAUGUCAUCAACUCAUUCGAAUAGAUCUACACCAAUAUCAAGAACACCUAUCACCGUCACCAACACCAACACCAGCACCAUCACCACCACAACAACAACAACAACACCUUACUCUUAUCAACAUCCUAACUAUUUAGAUAAAGAAUCAUUAGCUGCAACUAAAAUUCAAGCUGGUUAUCGUGGUUAUUGUACACGUAAAAAAUAUGGUAAUUUAUCAUUGAAUUCUUCAUCACCAUCAUCAAAUUAUAAUGUAACAUCUAAUAGACAAUUAUAUACACCACAUCAAUCACCAUUAAGAAAUAAUAAUGAUUUAGAGAAUGCUGCCACACGAAUACAAGCUAGUUAUCGUGGUUAUUUAACUAGAAAAUCAUUACGUGAUGAUAAUAUUACACAGAAAUAUACACCAAUUAAAAAUGUUUCUUAUCAUUAUGAUAAAAUCAAUAGAAUCAAUAAGAAUGAAAAUGAUAAUGAUGAUGAUGAUAUUGAUGGGAAAGUGAAAGCAGUCACUAAAAUUCAAGCUGGUUAUCGUGGUUAUAAAACAAGAAAAUCAUUAGCUCCAUUAUUACAUUCUCAACAAAAUUUAUUAUUAUCAAAUAAAGAAAAUCAAAAUUAUUCAGAAUAUAAAUGUAUCAAUCAAGAUAAACAGAAUAAUCAUCAUCAUCAUCUGCAUGAUUUAUAUAAUCCUGAAUUAGCUGCCAUUAAAAUACAAGCAACCUAUCGUGGUUAUAGAACUAGACGACAAUUACCUAAAUAA